AUGAGGGUGCUCGCCAUCCUGGGCGUGGUGCUGCUGGUGGCCUGCACACACGGCUUCUUCACCUUCAUCUGGACCCGUGAGGACCUCCUCUGGGGGAAGGGCCGAGGCUCCGCUGUCACCCGCGCUGUGGAAGAGAGCAGGCGCAUGGUGGACGAGGCCAUCUACCACACCAUGGAAAGAGACCUCGGCGAACGAGAAAGCCCUCCUUCUCCGUCACGGCUGCUGUCUUUCUCCAAGCUCCCCGAGCCCACCAGCCGCGCCAUCUCCCGAGCUGCUGAGAUCAUGGAAGUUUCCGUGCAGGCUGUGGUCAGGCGAUCUCAGCUUCCCACCGACGUCCUGCCCGAAGACGUGCUGGACACGAUCGCGAACCUGUCCGGGUGCCUGCCUUACAUGCUGCCCCCCAGAUGCCCAAACACCUGCCUGGCCAACAAGUACAGGCUCAUCACAGGCGCCUGCAACAACAGGGACCACCCCCGGUGGGGUGCCUCCAACACAGCCCUGGCCAGGUGGCUGCCCCCCGCCUACGAAGACGGCGUCAGCGAGGCCAGGGGGUGGAACCCCCACGUCCUGUACAACGGCUUCCCACUGCCCCCGGUCCGGGAAGUGACAAGACAAGUUAUUCGAGUUUCCAACGAGGCCGUCACGGAAGACGACCACUAUUCUGAUCUCCUGACGACGUGGGGGCAGUACAUUGGUCACGACAUCGCGUUCACCCCUCAGAGCACCAGCAAAGCUGCAUUCGCGGGAGGGGCUGACUGCCAGCUGACCUGCGAAAACCAAAACCCGUGUUUUCCCAUACAGCUGCCCACCAACGGCUCCGAGACCACAGGCAGGUCCUGUUUGCCAUUUUACCGCUCCUCUGCCGCCUGUGGCACCGGGAUCCAAGGCACCUUGUUCGGCAACCUGACGGCGGCGCACCCGCGACAGCAGAUGAACGGGCUGACCUCUUUCCUGGACGCGUCCACGGUGUACGGCAGCUCCCCGGCCGCGGAGCAGCGGCUGCGCAACUGGACCAGUGCGGAGGGGCUGCUCCGGGUCAACACGCGCCACCGGGACGCCGGCCGCGCCUACCUGCCCUUCGCGCGGCCGCCGGGGCCCACGGGCUGCGCGCCCGAGCCUGGCACCCGCGGGACGGCCCAGGCGCCCUGCUUCCUGGCCGGGGACGGCCGCGCCAGCGAGGUGCCCGCCCUGACGGCAGUCCACACGCUGUGGCUGCGGGAGCACAACCGCCUGGCCAAAGCGCUCAAAGCCCUCAAUGCGCACUGGAGCGCCGACACCGCCUACCAGGAGGCGCGCAAGGUGGUGGGCGCCCUGCACCAGAUCAUCACCAUGCGAGACUACAUCCCCAAAGUCCUGGGCCCCGAGGCCUUCCAGCAGCAUGUGGGCCCCUACGAGGGCUAUGACCCCACUGUGGACCCCACCGUGUCCAACGUGUUUUCCACGGCCGCCUUCCGCUUCGGCCACACCACGGUGCACCCGCUGGUGCGGCGACUGGACGCCCGCUUCGAGGAGCACCCCGCCCUCCCCCCGCUGCGGCUGCAGGACGCCUUCUUCAGCCCCUGGAGGCUCCUCAGGGAAGGCGGACUGGACCCCCUAGUGAGGGGGCUUCUCUCGAGGCGAGCCAAGCUGCAGGUGCAGGGCCAGCUGAUGAACGAGGAGCUGACGGAGAGGCUGUUCGUGCUGGGGAGCUCGAGCACACUGGACCUGGCGUCCAUCAACCUGCAGCGGGGCCGGGACCACGGCCUGCCAGGAUACAACGCGUGGAGGCGGUUCUGCGGCCUGCCCGCCCUGGAGACCCGCGCCCACCUGCUCGCGGCCACUGCCAACGCCAGCGUGGCGGCCCGGAUGAUGGACCUGUACGGCCACCCCGACAACAUCGACGUCUGGCUGGGCGGCUUAGUGGAGCCCUUCCUCCCGCAGGCGCGCACGGGGCCGCUGUUCGCCUGCCUCAUCGGGAGGCAGAUGAAGGCCCUAAGGGACGGAGACCGGUUCUGGUGGGAGAGCAGCGGGGUGUUCACGGAGGCCCAACGGCACCAGCUGGCCACACACUCCCUGUCGCGGGUCAUCUGUGACAACACGGGCCUCCAGAGCGUGCCCCCCGACGCCUUCCGGGCCGGAAGGUUCCCGAGGGACUUUGAGUCCUGCAAGAACAUUCCAGGCCUCAACCUGGAGGCGUGGAGGGAGGUGCUCCCUCAAGGCGACGCGUGCGGCCUGCGGGGCGGCCUGGACGACGGGCACUGGGCGCUGUGCGGCGAGUCCGGGCAGCGCGCGCUGGUCUUUUCCUGCCGCCACGGGUUUCAGCUGCACGGCCCCGAGCAGGUGGCCUGCCCCCCCGGGGACGGGCGGUUCCGGCCCCCCGUGUGCAGAGAUGUGAACGAGUGUGCAGACGUGGCGCAGCCCCCCUGCCACCCCUCGGCCCGGUGCCGGAACACCAAGGGCAGCUUCCGCUGUGAGUGCACCGACCCGUACGUGCUGGGAGAGGACGGAACGACGUGUGCAGACUCCGGGAGGCUCCCGAAGGCGUCCUGGGUCUCCAUGGCGCUGGGCGCCCUGCUGGUCGGCGGCCUGGCAGGUGUCACCUGGACGGCGGUCUGCAGGUGGACGCGGGCGGGCCGUAAAUCCUCACUGAGCACCGCGGGGACCGGCGGAGGAGGAGCCUCCCGGCCGGGUGGUGCAAAGUGCCCUGAAAUGGGCGCCGCGCAGCCUGGUACCUCCACUCAGGGUACACAGCAGGUAACAGCCUGGCGGCCCUCUGAGGUCCUGGACCUGCUGGCGUCGGGGGUCUGGUCAUCCCCACAAAGCAGCUUCAUCAUCACCCUGAUUUUCCACCCCACGUGA